ACUCCCCAGUCCCCCCCACUUCCUCCACAGCUCUCACAUUUGUGCAGUUCUUUCACGCUCAUCAGAUAUUCAAUGAAGCACCAUCACAUGAAGAUCCCACUUGCUCACUGUUCCUCUAUCUUCGCUAAUUUUUUUGUUUUAGAAGAGAACUUUUAUAUAUAAAAAAUAAAAUUGGAAAUACUUUGGACCACAUUCGAGCUGCAUCGGGAGGCCAGCAGCUCAAGAGCGAUGUCAUCUCUACUUUCUCACAACAAUGAUCAGCCACGUAUCAGAAAGUCGCUCUCUGACUCCUCUCCAACUUCAUCUGCCACCAAGAGCCUGAGACACGAGAGACUGUCAAGAUUGAGCUCGUCUGAUGUCUCCAACGACACGUCAACAAACCACGCCGAGUCCUACUUCCUACGGCGGGAGAACAGACUGUCUGCAAGGAAAAAAGCAGAAGAAGAGACAGCAAACAAUGACUAUAAAAAGAUGUAUGAAAAGGCACUGGCUACCAAUCAAAGACUCAAGUCGAGGCUGGAAACAAGUAAACAGGAACUGGCCAUGAUUCAGGACCAGCUGCAGAGAGCACAGAGGGGAAGAGUGGGAGAUUGUGGCUCCAACAUGCUUGAGACAGAAAAAAAGGAAAGUUGGAGUCUAAAAAAGAGGAUAUCAGAUAUGGAAGAACAGUUAAAGGUUAAAGCAGACCUGAAUAUAGAGAACCAGAGACUGAAGGACGAAAAUGGAGCUUUAAUCCGGGUCAUCACUAAACUGUCCAAGUGAGAUGAGAAGCAGGAAGGAUGAGAAGAAGAGUGACGGAUACCAGAAGCCAUAUCCAUACCUGCAUUCCUCCUUCAUUCAUGUAUUCUGUUUUCCAGUAAUGUUGGAAACUUAAGUCUUAACUUUGCCUGUUGAGUAACUAACAUUUGCAGGGACGAAGACACAUUUUACAUCAGAUGUGAAAGCUUCUUGUUACUGUACUGUAUCCAAAGUAGUAGCACCUUCCCUGACAGAAAAUAAGUAUUUUAUAUAUUCAU